UGUAGGCGCCGGACACAUUUAGACGGCGCACACGGCGCACUUCCUGGAUCUUCUCGUAGGAGCGUUCUUCGGUUUCUUUCAACGCAAAAAAAACCUGUUUGCAGUGAAACGGUAGUGAUUUCCUUGUGUUUAUUUCCUCCUGUUAUUCGGGAUCUGGCUUUAUACGCUUGGCAUGCUGUCAUCAUCAGGUACACAUUAAUUCAUGCAACGUUACUGCUUUGGUGAUUUCACUUUACUUUCUAUUCUUCUUCAUAUGUCCUAGAAACUGUUGCUUUGACUGUUUUUCCAGGGCCGACGUUAACAUUGGCUGAGGGCGCAGCGGGUUUGAUACCCACAGCUCCAACAUGGAGCACCCAGAGUUAACGACGCACAAGAACGGGCGGCAGAGGAAAGUGGCGCGCACCACCUUACCCGGAAACAUCCGGGUCAUGGACGGGGAAGGGACGAGCUCCUCUGACCCAGAGGUAGAAGAGGAAGCCGAGGGUCUCGUCAAAGUGUUUUACUGCGAGGACACGACGCACACAGUCCCACCCGGGAUCCGUAGCGAAUUGGGGAAUGUUUUGCUCCUUCUGUUCUUAUACGUGCUGCAAGGGAUUCCUCUGGGACUGGCUGGUAGCAUCCCUCUGAUCUUACAAAGCAAGAGCGUCAGCUACAAAGACCAAGCCUUCUUCAGCUUUGUCUUCUGGCCGUUUAGCCUCAAACUGCUCUGGGCGCCACUGGUGGACGCGCUCUACUACAGCAGGUUCGGCAGAAGAAAGUCAUGGAUGGUGCCCACACAGUACCUGCUGGGCCUCUUCAUGCUCUACCUUUCUGGGACGGUCAAUUCCCUGAUGCAAAGUGAGGGAGGACCGAAGGUGGUAACCCUCACUGCAGUUUUCUUUAUGCUUUCCUUCCUUGCAGCCACACAGGACAUAGCUGUGGAUGGCUGGGCCCUGACUAUGUUGUCCAGAGCGAAUGUGGGAUAUGCUUCCACGUGCAACUCUGUGGGCCAGACAGCUGGAUACUUCCUGGGGAAUGUGCUGUUUCUGGCUCUGGAGUCUGCAGACUUCUGCAACAAAUACCUCAGAGCAGAGCCCAAGGACACGGGCAUCGUCACCUUGUCGGAGUUCCUGUUCUUUUGGGGAAUCGUGUUCCUGGUUUCCACGACUUUGGUAGCCAUUAUGAAAAGAGAAAAUGAGCAGUGCAGAGGAAAGCAGAGAGCCCCUGAGGAAACACAGGGUGUCAUGGAAACCUACAAGCUGCUGUUCUCCAUCAUCAAGAUGCCCACAGUCUUCACCUUUUGUUCCCUGCUUCUCACUGCUAAAAUUGGCUUCUCAGCAGCAGACGCAGUGACGGGCCUGAAGCUGGUGGAGGCCGGGGUUCCCAAGGAGCAGCUGGCGCUGCUGGCAGUGCCCAUGGUGCCUCUGCAGAUCCUGCUGCCCGUGAUCAUCAGCAAAUACACCGCAGGGCCCAGACCUCUGGAUGUCUUCUACAAGGCCUUCCCUUUUAGGUUGCUCAUCGGACUGGGUUACGCUCUGCUGGUGUGGUGGACGCCCAGUGUUAAACAUGAAGGAGGGUUCCCGCUUUACUACUAUGCCAUAGUGCUGCUCAGCUACGCGCUACAUCAGGUGGCGUUGUACAGUAUGUACGUGGCUUGCAUGGCCUUCCACGCCAAGGUGAGCGACCCCCUCAUCGGUGGCACCUACAUGACCCUGCUGAACACCGUCACCAACCUGGGCGGCAACUGGCCCUCCACGUUGGCGCUGUGGAUGGUGGACCCUCUGACCUGGAAGGAGUGUCAGGGGGCCGCCGGGCAGAGCUGUGGCUCUCCAGAGGAGGCGGGGCUGUGCGCCAAGGAGGGCGGCGUCUGUGUGACCACGCUCGACGGCUACUACGUGGAGUCUGUGCUGUGCGUCGUGAUCGGUUUGGCCUGGUGGGUGUGGUUCGGGAAGAAGAUGAGGCGCCUGCAGGAUCAGACGCCCGCUGCGUGGAGGUGCAGAGCGAGCCGGUGAUGACGCGCGCCUCCAUCAGUGACAGACAUUUUGUUAUUCCUGUGUCGUCCUACGCUAGUUACGGCGUCAAGAUAACACGCACACACACAUGCCUCUGUAGAGGUAAAAAAACCCAUGUCAUUGUUACACGUGUUACCUGUAACGAUCCCCUGGGGACUGGAGGAAAUCUGUCAGAAUAGCUGAACUAGAGAAGCUUUUAUUUUUUUAUUUUUAUCCCAUGAAACCAUAUUCUGCUGCUUGGAACAGCUGAACCAAACAAGAGCUGGCUCAAAGAAUAUGUUUGUUUUCACCUGUUUGGGGAGUAAAAGUUCAAUUGACCCAAAUAUGAGCAGGAAAUCAUUUCUUGAAGUAAAA